AUGGACGCAGAAGGUCUUCAUAUGGCAGUUGACUACGUGGGAAGUAGUGGUGUUAUUCUAAGUACAGAGCAGAAAGCAGCCUUACAGUCAUCGCUGGUAAUUUUGAAAAGCAACUACAAGUUUCGUGGAGUGAAAUUUUGGGGCAAAAUUCUUGGGGUAAAGAGCGAUUACUUUAUUGUGCAGGGAGUUGGUAAAGAUGAACUGAAGGAUAGGAAAACACUAUACAGGUAAAUUGUAUUCGAAAUCUAGCGAACAGUCCUUUGGAGACUGAAUGACAGAUAUUGCAAAAUUGUUCCUUAAAAGAUAAACUUACAGAUCGAAGUUAGUUGUAAGCUUAUUUAUUUAUUUAUUUAUUUAUAUGUUAUAAUUCACAAAGGUCUCCAUCACUGUGAAUGUAAAGGUUUCUGAUGGGAAAUUUAUAAAGAUUCCUGUCUAUUGAAUAUGAUGGUACUAUUUUACAUCCCCCCGGGCUCUCAUAUGAAUGAAGAAUUACAAAUGUACAGCAGGCAGAUCUCAGAGAGUGUUAUCUGCUGAGGCUGAAACCCCCUUUCCAGAGCUGCCUAAUUCUCAAUAUCAAGCCAAAUCCAAAGCUAUUUCUUUUUUCGCUAAACUUGUGAAAUUUUCUUCCAUUUUCUCCAUCUCUACCAAAACAGCCAAGCCGUCACAGGUAAUCUUAGUCCCCAGAGGCUUCUUGGUUUUCCAACCCUAUUUCUGUCAUUAUUCUGUACAAUUAGCAUCAUUUGUACCAAUAUCGCAAGUCCCUUCCAAGUUUGCCCAAUGCUACAACCAGUUGCAAAAGUACUUGAAACACUGUAAGUUGUAUUUUGGUAUAAAUGGCCCGUCCAUAAUCUUGUGCUUUUGAUCCCCCCUCCACCACUUAUCAAAGUUGCUAGCAAUACAAGACCAUGGUCAAAACUUGGAGGAACAACUUUGAAUGGGAGGGAGGAGGGAGGUCGGUAUUAUAUAUCACAGACCUGUGAUUAGCAGCGUUUUGAAGCAAGAAAGGUCGUUUGUUCGUGGGAUUGUCUCAACAUUUUUGCCGCUGGUUGUGGCUUGUUUUGAAGAAUGAACUUUGGUAUUGAGCCAAUCAGAAAUAGAGAAAUACUUUGAAUGUUAUUUUUUCUUGACAGUCAAGACUGUGUACACUGGGGUUUACUGCCAGUAGUUACGGAAAGCAUGAGGCACAACAGUUCCUUUGUGAAGGGACGUUUCACUGGUGACCCCUCUUACGAAUAUGAACACACUGAGACAAAGAGAGUGGAAAACCAAGAUGGAGAUAGAGUUGAAGGAGCUGAAGAGGAGAAUAUUGUAAGUAUUACUUUGGAGCCUUUCUAUUAAAUUGGGUGCAUGCACAACUAAUGUUUCUGUUUUUUUUUCCACAUCAAUUUUUUUUGGAAUUCAAACUACUGAAUGUACAAACUUUCUCUUGGAUCUGGGAGGUGACAAUAUAUGAGCUAUUUAAAGUGGUUUGACUUAAGAUCUGGUGGUUGUUGGUUCCUUUCCUUAUCAUUGCUGCUAUCAUGUUGAUUCUCUUAGAAUGGCAAGAACAUUGCUCCAAAUUCUCCCUAUUUUGUUAGAAAUGCCUGAGGCUUUCAUAGCUAUUAUUUUUCACUCUAUGAAUCAAUAACUUUAAUGGUUUGACAUCAUUUUUAUUAAUGUAGUUCAGUCUGCCAAAACAGACACCAGUGCAGGUACAGUUCUUGUGAUGAAAUAUGAUAUGAAGUAGUGUACCGGUCUUAUAUUACAGAAACAUCAGCUGAUAAGCCCCUGUAAUAUUCAUGGUUUAUGUGAGUUAUGUUACCUUGGGAUUUUACCCUUUUUUAUUCAUAGAUAAUGGUGAAAGAGGAGGACAGGCUUGCAACAACUAUUGAAGCUAUAGACUAUGAUGUCAGGAUAGUACCCAGAGGUGCAUACUUUAGAACAGCUCUUGGCACUGUGGAAGUGAACAGAAGUUUUGAAGGUGUGUAUAAAUGAGACUUGUCUACACUGCUGAUUCCUCACUUGAGUGGUAUAUAAGCUCCCAACAGCUUACAGAACUGGGAUUUUGUCUGUGUGGAGCUAAAGAGUGCGUGAAAAUAAGGUACAAAUAAUAUGCAAAUACAAAUUUCAUUUUUGUCGUUUGUAAUGUUUGAUAUAUAAGUGCUUGGGAGACAAAUAUAUUUGCUUAACAAGGAGCUGUGAUUUUGUGUUUGACAAGCAAUUUUUCGAGCUCCAUAGCAAGUAAGGAUGCACAAUUGGCAUUAUCAACAACUAGAUCUGACACAGCCCCUUUAAUCAUUAAAUAAUAUUGUUAUAAAUUAUCCCAUAUCCAUCAGGUUUGUCAGUAGCUGAUUCAGGCAAGCUUUCCAGUUAUUUCCACUUCAGAGAACCAUUUCUUCUAACCCAGAAGACUCUUCUUCAAAAGGUAUGGUACUAAAAUGUAAACAUACAACUUUUGAGAGAAUACUAUUAUUAUACUAUUAUUUAUACCAAACCCAAACAAUGCUAACUGCAAAAAGCCCUUUUAUAAAUUCUAUUAGUAUCCAUGACUUAUAAAAGGGUGCUAUAAGAACAUGUUCAUUACAAAAAAUUAGUGCAAAAUAAAUGAAGAGAUCAAUGCAGUGUUGAUUAGACCACAGCACAAAAUAGAUGUGCUUGAUUAAUCAAUGCAAUUACAGAAAUUGACACCCACCGAUGAACAAGAAACAAGGCCAGGUGGAAGAGCUGGGAAGUACCCAAAGUGGUGGCAUCAGAAAGUGUUGGUCAGAGAACGUGAUGGCCUUAUGCACCUACUGACACAAUGAAAACAGAUAAUAAUGAUGAUGAUGAUGAUGAUAUUACUUUUGUGUUAAUUAUAAAUAAAUGAAGUCAAUGUGGAUUUUUUAUAAAAUCACUUUGCAAUGUUUUUGAUUUGUCCUUUAACAGGCUGAGCUGGAUAAAGCUGUUGAUUUUCUUGAUCCUAUUGAUACUGAUGUACCGAAAGGAGGUGAAGGCUGCUUUACAUUUUCAGUUUCGUUUUUUAUAACUAACUUUUCGUCAUCAGAGACUUUGUCACUUUGGUUAGAACUUAAUCAAGUCAAAAUUUAGACGGACCGUUUGCCCAUUUCCCUAAAUUAUUAGUAGCCAGCAAGCAAGCUCUCCGGUGCGCUCUGGCGGCAGGGCGGGAACAGGAACAAGAACUUGCAACUACCUCUCUGGAAAUUGAAUAUCUGCAUCGAAAAAGUUUAUGCGAAAUGCUGAUUGGUGGAGAUGACAUUAGUAAUGACAUCAUUACCCUUGGCUCAUGUUUUUCAAUGUUUGUUUACAUUCACGCUAUUUUCCACUUCACGCUGAUUGGUGGAAAUCUGACAGCUCAGUCGACGGUGAGCCACAGGGGAAUUGGAGGUGGAAUUCAAUUUCUAAAGAUGUAGUUGUAAGCUCUCCUUUCUUUUCCCACCCCACCGCCAGGGCGGCCCAGAGAGCUUGCUCACAGGCUAGAUUAUUAGUUCCCCAUUUGUUGUUUUUAAAAGUUUCAACUCUUCUGAUUUCAAUUUCCGGGCAUCACAUUUGCAACUUUUCACUCAAAUCUUUUCUGUUUAUUUGUUUGCUAUGUAUAUUAGAUGGUACUAGAAUAAUAUGUUGUAACUGCAACCGUAAUAAUUAAAUUUUGAGGUGGAUUUAAACCAUCGCUUUCUGUCCCUUCCUAAAGUUACAGGACAGAAGUCAGUGUAAACAAAAUUUUGACUCUGUGAACUAAGUGAUAUCUAACCUGUCACAGUGGCUGGGGUUAUUACAUGUUUAUUAAUGAAAAUAGCUGACAGACAAGCUGUAUAAAUGGCUUGUUUCGUGAAACAUGAAAUGCAAUUUUUACGAUUCUAAAACAUGAAGAAAUUUUUUGGGGUGCCUUCACUUGCACGAUAGAGAACGCAAGAAAGUAAACUAGGUGUGAAAGCGAAGCGAUUGGAAGGGACGUCAAUACUUUUGCCUGAUAAUUUUUGGCAUUUUACUAAGGAAAAAAAUCAAUAUUUUUCUUGUAUUCUAUUUGUUGCACCUGACAAAUAAUGAACGAGAGAACUGCGAGUAAAAGCUACGAGAUAACGCGCGGGCGAGUUACAAAGCCUCUUGCUUUUGCGUGUGCCUCGCGCUUGGCCCUCACUAUAUAGGCUAGAUAAUCAUUUAGAAGAUAUUUAAAGGCUUUUUCUGUUUGUUGCAGGUUCCUGGAGUAUUCAGUUUGAACGUGGUAGUGGCCUUGUCACCCUUCGUAGCCUUCACUGGCUUGGCUUCACUUUUUAUCACGUGCCAAGCUCCAGAAAAUAUGGCUCAGUAUACGUGGGUCUUGGAACCAAGAAUCUGGACUUGCCUUUUAUGCUGUGAAAGCACUCGUUAUCAAACAAACAUUUUGUGUAACAUAGUGUAUUUAUAAUAUCCACUUGAGUAAGGUGUUCUUUGUAACAAUUGUAUUAAUUUCCAUUCUGAUUUUUAACCAAAGAAUGUUUAGUGAGCAUCUUGAAGUGAAAUUAAAACAGCGUGGAAAAGCAAGCAACCAAUUUGCUGACUUAAAUUACGCAUAAGAAAAUCCC